CUUUCAUUUAAACUAUGGUGGGAUCAAAUGUUGCCUGUGAAAUCUCAGCUGUAACCUUUCCCCUACUGGCCUUUGAUACUCCUUUGAAAUUUCAUGUCAAAGGAACAGCAACAGCUUAUUUAGCUAAUGGGACUUAUCACAGGGGUUGGCGAAGAGUUAGAGUAGGUAUUUGCAACUUCUAGUGCUUUGGAAAGGUCAGAAAGGGUGGGAUUACUAGGUAUUUCUAGCCAAUGCCCUUUAAGCAGAUAUAGUCCAUGUUUGACAUAUGGAGUUCUCUUUCUUAUUUGUCAAGAGUGCAGAGAACAAUGCCCCAGUUCAAGAAGUCUACUGUUCAUAUGAAGGACCCACAGCAUGUGGAGGAAAUUAUCUGCAACCUGAUUCGGGGUGGAGCCUCCAAACUCCAGAUUAUCACUGACUUUGACAGGACAUUAAGCAGGUUUUCAAACAAUGGCAAACAAUGCCCUACUUGUCACAACAUCAUCGACAACUGCAAACUGGUUACAGCGGACUGCAAAAAGAAGCUUCACAAGCUUAAGGACACAUAUUAUCCAAUUGAGAUCAACCCGCAUCUUUCAGUGCAAGAGAAAUAUCCAUUUAUAGUGGAGUGGUAUUUUAAAUCACACACAUUACUGGUGGAACAGCGAUUGCAAAAGGACAAGCUGCCGGAAGUAGUAAGAGAAUCGGAUGCAUGCUUAAGGGAUGGGUACAAGCAGUUCUUUGACCAACUGCAACAGCGAAAUGUGCCUGUGUUCAUUUUCUCUGCUGGACUCGGAGAUGUACUUGAGGAGAUAAUACGUCAAGCAGGAGUCUAUCACCCCAAUGUCAAAGUGGUCUCCAACUUUAUGGACUUUGAUGAGAAUGGCAUUCUGAGAGGAUUCAAAGGUGAACUGAUUCAUGUAUACAACAAACAUGAUGGUGCACUUAAGAAUACAGAGUACUUUGAUCUGCUGAAGGACAACUGCAACAUUAUUCUUUUGGGGGAUUCACUGGGUGAUCUCCACAUGGCAGAUGGUGUAGCCAAUGUAGAAAACAUUCUCAAAAUUGGCUUCUUGAAUGAUAAGGUGGAGGAACUGCUGCAGAAGUAUCUGGAAUCAUAUGAUAUUGUAUUGGUGCAGGAUGAAACUUUAGAGGUGCCAAACUCCAUCCUCCAGAAGAUAAUCUGACUCAGAUCCCAUAUGUUAAUUUUUUUGCCCAGAGUUUCUUUUGGAUUUCGUUCUUACAUAAAUAUCACUUGUAACUUAAAAACAUGGCGGCGAUUGUUCAAUUGUGCCUUGAAAUAAUUUUGGGAUAAUUUGUGUGGAUUUUUUUCUUAUUUUUAGUGACUAGAAGAUUUAACAAACUUAAAUUCUCAUUAAUUAGGAUUCUCUUUUUGUCAAUUUGAAUAGUGUCACAAAAGGACUACAAUAAAAUUAGGCAUAAAUAACUCAUAAAAUUUCAGUCUUUCCUAAUUUAUACAACUGUACCUGUUAGAAUGCAAUAAAGUAAUAUAUACUAUUAACAGUGCAUCUUUCAUUGAAUUGGAAUAUAUACAGUUGUCAAGUUUCAAUUUGCUUAAUCUAUUGUAAAUCAUAUUUAAUUUUUAAAUAAAAAGAAUUCGUCUUUAAAUGUUGUCUCCCA